AUGAAGACCCUCUUCCGCAACGGCGUCAUCACCUCGUCGGCACAGCCGACGGCUACAAGCCUCGUAAUUGAAGACGAUCGUAUCAUCUACGUCGGUUCCCAGCAGGAUGCGCCGCCGGCUGAUAAGCAGAUUGAUCUUGCUGGUCGACGGGUGUUGCCAGGGUUUAUAGAUGGGCACAUGCACCUUCUUCUCUUCGGGGCCUCGCUCUCGAAAAUCGAUCUGAGCCCAUGCAAAUCGCUCGCGGACAUCCGCAGCACGAUCAAGGCCGGCGCCGCCGCGCGCCCCGACGCCCCGCGUCUCUUCUGCAGCGGCUGGAUGCACAGCAUGACGGACAACAAGGCGCUAGCAUCCAUGCUUGACGACCUCGACCCGCGGCCCAUCUUCAUCGACGCCAAAGACCUCCACAGCGCAUGGUGCAACUCUGCCGCGCUCGCCGAGCUCGGCGUUACGGCGUCGACCCCGGAUCCAGAGGGUGGGUCGAUCUCCCGCGAUGAGGCGGGGAAUCCGUCGGGGUUGCUGAGUGAGAGUGCGGCUGUGACGAUUGUCUGGCCGCAUGUUGCGAAAGUUGCUACGGCUGAGGAGAAACGGGGGUUCGUGCGUAAUGCGGUGCGGGCGUAUAAUGCGGCCGGGUACACGGGGAUGGUCGAGAUGGCGACGGACGAGAAUAUCUGGGACAUUGUCUGUGGCUUGCGUGAGAGCGGCGAGGAAGUACCCAUUCGGCUGGCGAUGCAUUGGAUCAUUACGCCUGCGGUGACGGAGGAAGGCGUCCUCCGCCAGGUUGAUCGCGCGAUCGAACUGCACAAAAAAUACAACAAGGCCACCUCCCCGGACUUUCGCAUCGCGGGGAUAAAGAUCAUCUGCGAUGGCGUCGUUGACGCAUGCACGGCCGCGCUGCUCGAGCCCUACUCGCACAACACCGAUACCUCGAUAAACGCUUCACCUCUCUGGGACCCUGCCCUCCUCCGCGCAGCCGUACAGCGCGCCGACGCCGCUGGCCUCCAAUGCGCGCUGCACGCCAUCGGCGACGCAGCGGUCCGCCUGGCCAUCGACACGCUCGAAACCAUCGCACCAACAGACGGCACAUGCAAGCGGCACCGCAUCGAACACCUCGAAGUCACUUCGCCCACGGACGCAACCCGCCUCGCAGCCCUAGGCAUAACAGCAAGUAUCCAGCCCGUACACGCAGACCCAGCGAUCCUACGCGCAUGGCCACGCCUCCUCGGUCCCGAGCGCGUAGCCCGUGCAUUCGCAUACCGCGAGUUCCAGGAGAAAGGCGCGAAGCUCGCGAUCGGUACUGACUCGCCGACGGCUCCGCACCUCCCAUUCCGGAAUCUGUACACGGCGACGACGAGGCGGUCGGCGAGGGAGCCGGAGUCGACGGAGACGGUGAAUGAGGGGUUCAAAUUGGAGCUUGCGCAGGCGGUGCAGGGGGCGACGUUGGGAUCGGCGUAUUCGUGCUUUGCGGAUGACGCAGUGGGAUCGCUGGAGGUGGGGAAGAAGGCGGAUUUUGUGGUUGUUGAGAUGGAGUGGGAGGACAAUGGUGAAAGUCUGCUGGAUGCGAGGGUUGAGCAGACGUGGUUUGGGGGGAGACAAGUGUUUGGGGAAAUCGCUUAG